AUGGGUGCGAACGAGAGUCGCCUCAACUCAGACGAUCUCGGUCCGAAACAAGGAUACCAUGUUAUUCGUGUUGCACAGAAAAGUCCCGCCCAAUAUGCAGGCUUUGAGCCUUUCUUUGACUUUUGCGUAGGGAUAAACGGACAGCCACUCGCCGGUUUGGGUGUCAAUAUCUUGAAUGAGAAUAUUUCUAAUGCGCAGCCAACAAAGGCGUCUUGGUCCAUGGUGGAAGAGAGCGAAGGCCGAACUAUCAUCAUCAAUACGUGGAACUCCAAACAUCAAGAAUAUCGAGACGUGAGCAUUGUUCCAUCGAGGAAAUGGUCUGAAAAUAAUUCUCAAAGUAAUGCACAACCAUCGCUACUCGGUCUCACGCUUCGCCUCUGUAAUCCACUCGAGACUAUCAGUCAUGUUUGGCAUGUUCUCGAAGUGAUAGAAGGGUCACCUGCUGAUUCUGCUGGGCUUGUUCCUUACGGUGACUACAUCAUUGGCUGGACGCAAGGUCCUCUUCGCAGUGAACAUGACUUUUUUCAACUUAUUGAGCAGUAUAUUAACCGUAAUCUUUCGCUUUACGUCUACAACAGCGAUUAUGACCACACUCGCGAAGUUGUCAUUGUGCCAAACCGUGACUGGGGUGGCGAAGGAAUAUUGGGGUGCGGUAUGGGCUAUGGUCUUUUGCACCGAAUCCCGCAGCCUCGUAAGCUAUGGGACGAUGUGGUGCCCGAAGAUCAGAAUCAAGCGUAUUUGAGUAAAGAAACACCAUCGUUAUCUCAUUCCGAUGUGUCUACAGCUCCUGUCAGCUCUAAUGUAACCCAAGAGCCCAUUUCGAAUGAUUAUGGCGUUACUCUCAACAUGCACGAGGAAGAGGAGGAAUGA